AUGAUUGCAGAAACAUACAGCGAUCCAGCAGAAGCUCAACAGCCCACCGGCAUUUUUGGUUCCGGAGACAUCUAUUCGUCAUCGUGCAUUGGAACCUGGAAAAACCUCGGCCUGUACUUUGGCGCGGACGAGGAUGAUACACAACUCGAACACGAGGACAAGGAUCUCUCGUACCUCCUCCUUGCAAACGAACAGGAUGAUACCUUUGAUUCCCUCGACACAGAAACGCUCUUGGCAGAAAUAAGUGCAGAUCCCCAGGAAAAGAGCAUUAUGGAGCUGGGCGUCGACGCAGAUGUCGUGCAAUUAUUCGCAGAUCCAGGCCUCUCAGCUGUGGAAAAGGCACAGAUGCUGUCCAGGAGCGACUAUGACUUUCAUCGAGCCUUUUUCGCAAGAGAGGUGACAACGCUUUUGCCGGUAAUGGAUGUGCGAGACGCGAUUUCCUGUGUUAUUCCGAUUGUGCGCGACCUUUCAGCAGAUCCUCAAGAAUCGGUCAGGGAAUCAUUGGCGGCACAAUUGGACAAGAUCAUUCUAUACUUUUUUCAGAAUACCGUCAUAACGUACGAGGAAUCUGCAGCGGGGCAGCAAAAUCAGGAUUUAAAUAACACACAGCUGUCCUCAUCCCCGCCCCCAUUGAUGCACGACAUAUUCACGCUCGUCUUUAUCAACCUGCUUCUGGACCAAAACGCAGGGAUUGCACAUCAGACACGCGAGGCAGUCAAGGCUGUUUCUGAGAACGUAUCCGAGCAGGUUUUGGAAAGCGAGAUUUUGGACGGGAUCAUUACAGGACUGGAAAACCUAUACAUCAAUACGGAUACUGCCGCGGACGACGAUCAGCAGAAUACAGCGAUGUACCCAGAUGCCGAUCAAGAUGGCGAGGCAGAAUUGGGCAAGAUGCUCGUCGUUGUGCUACUGACAUCCUUGGCUCCGAUCCUUGGAAAGGACCGGUGUACGCAGAUUGUUUUGCCAAAGCUGGAGAAACUGGUAAAAAAAUCACAGUUUUAUGUCCGCAAGGAAAUUGUGAUUGCAUUGGGGACACUAUGCAAGGUUGUUGAUCAGCAAGUUGUCAUUGACCGUCUACUCCCUCUGUAUGAUGUUUUCAUUCACGACGAUACGUGGCACAUCCGACGCGCAUGUUGUACAGUUCUCGCGUCCUUCGUGUCGUCAUUGCCAGUCGAGAUGAAGACCAGCAAAGUGGAGGAGCUUUACAAUCUGUACUCGACCGAUAUCAGUCGGAGCGUACGUCAUUCGAUCAUGGAAGUUUUGGGCGAAGUCAUUGCAGGAUUUGAGAAGGGAAAAGUCCCGGAUUCGCUGUUGAAUCAUUUUCUGGAUAUGGGGCUCCAGCCGAUGAACGAGCACGAGCUGGCGGUGAUGUGCGCCUUUAGCUUCCCAGCUGUUAUUUUGACUGCGGGUCAGUCGAAAUGGGAGCAGAUGAAGCCGGUAUAUAUGAGGCUUGCAGGGACAUUCAGGCCGCCUAUCCGGAGAUCACUGGCGUGCUCUCUUCAUGAGGUGGCGCGUAUUCUCGGACCCGAAUUAGCUGAUCGCGAUCUGGCGUUGGCAUUCUCGGACUGUUUGUUGGCAGAGGACGAGGUCAAGGAGGGCGUUAUCGGGCACGUCGUAGAGUUCAUCUCUUGUUUGUCACCCAAAUGUCGGUCAGAGGCCUUGCGGGAUAUUUUUAAUGCAUGGAACGAGCUGGAACGGUCUAGUAAUUGGCGCCUCCGGGACUCCUUGGCAGGACAGUUACCGGCGCUGUGUGAGAUUGCUGAGGGCAAAGAUCUCUUGGAAUACCUGAUGCCUUUGAGUAUACGAGCCUGUACAGACGGCGUAUCCACCAUUCGCGAGUCUGGAGUCAUGGCGUUUCCAGCACUUUGGGAGGCUAGUGCACGCAUCGGCCCGUUCGUUCACACAAAGGGGACAGAGGAUGUCUUGUCGCCGGAUGAUGACGAGCCUGUUCUGGGUUCAUUCGGCGAAGGCGAGGAUGUGGAGAUGGAGGACUUGACACACCAGUUGUCUGACUCGACCGACAAUAAUGUCACGAAGUCCAAAGCUGAUACCGCUCACACCAAUGGCGUUUCGAAUGGCGUUUCAAGCUCAUCAUCAACCCCGCCUUCUGAACCCGAGGAGAAGGAGACGACAACGAUCAAGGAGCAGGUUAUCCGACAAAUGGUCGAGUUCACCACGAACGGAGGAUACCGAUCACGAGUCGUAGCGGUUCAAAUUAUCCAGUCGUUGGUCGACUCUGGCAUUUCCGCAGAGGAGUUUGAGGAGCACUUUUUGUCGCUUCUGGCGGAGCAGCUGAUGACGGACGCGGUUGUGAAUGUGCGCAUUUGGGUCUCUCGCGUCGUGAGCUGGAUGAUGGAGGGUGAACUGUACAGUGAGGAAUCCAUCUCCAGCCGACUACAGGGAGCACUCGGCAUUCUGCAGAAGGACCCGGAUCGCGAUGUUCGCAUCUAUGCUGGCGGACCGGCGGAGCUACCAAAGCCGAAGAAGAAGAAGAAAAAGUCCAAGAGCAAGAAGAAGAAGAAGAAGGAGGAGAAGGCUGAAGCAGGGGCUGUGGGCGGAUUUUCUCAGAAUCCAGAGCGAGGCCAGGUCUCGACCAUUAGCGAGGAGGACGAAGAUGGAGAGGAAGUUCAGUUCUUGAAGGGUGAAGGCGACAGCGAUGAGGAUGAGGAUGAGGACGAGGAUGAUGAAGACGACGAGGAGGGCGACAGUGACGAGGAGAGCAGCGACGACAGCAUGGAGUUUUUGAACUCUGUCAAGACAAAGGGCAUUUCGAACAAACCCCGGAAUCGAAACAGCAUAGGGAUCGGUAUGAAGGUCAUGGUCGGCAACAAAUUGACAGUCUCUGGCAAGGAGAUCCGGAAGCCGAAGACGAGCUGGGAUUACGUCCAUGGCGAGAUCGACGAGGACGAGGAUGAGUCGAACGGCAGCUCAGAAAAGUCGUUUGCUGCGUCUCUGGGAUCCAAGGAAGCACAGCGGAAGCAUUGGAACCGGGAAGGCGAAGACGAUGAGGAGGAGGAGGAAGGUGAAUGCUUGUUUGAUGCGCCCCGUCGGCCACUCGACGAUGACGAUGAUGAUAUUGUGGGUGAGGACAGAGAGAGCAAGGGUCAGUUUGGUAGCCGACGGGACAUCUUCAAGGUCGUCCCUUAUUCUGCAAACGGCAUGAACGGUGCCAGUCCAUUAGAUGUAGAAAUGGAGGAAGCAUUCCAGGACAGCUCUGGCGAGGGCGUCACAGUGGUUGUUUCUGGAGCUGCAGGCGAUCUGUCUCUUGCUGGUCAAGAGUCCAAGUCAAAGGAUGCGCAGGGCUCAUCUCUAUCAUCAACACCGCUGUCAACGUCAAAGGCGAAUGAAGUAACGCCAACCAAGUCCUUGCCCAAGCCAUCUGCAGCGCCGGCAGUGUCACAAUAUCCACCAUUGGCACCUGGGUCAGCUCCUUCGAUAGAGACCGUACUCUCGGAGGCGCCUCCGACACUCAGCUAUGCAGCAUCGGUAAAACAGGACGAAGGUCUCAAAGCGAACCCUGCGGCGACAACAUCAAGCGUGGGCGCGAUCACUGUGGACGCGGUAGCAUCAGGUGCAGCAAGCAAGAACGGAAGCUUGAGCAACAACAAUCUCCUCAAUGGAAGCACGAACAAGGGACGAUCGCCCGAGGAAGCAGUGCUGCGUGUGCUGAACGCUAAAUUGGGAGCGGGUAAGAGAUCACAUUACCCAUUGCCGCCACCAAUCUCUAUCAACCCACUAGCGCCCUCAGCCAGCAGAUUGGGAUUGCCAGGAUCGUCCUCGUCUUCGAUUGACCCUGGCUCACCCUCGUAUGCAGCCAUUGUUGCAUCAGGGGCAACGUCGCCACACCCGGGUGCACUAGCUGCCAGAGCCGCGUUCUCGCCGCCGUUGGGGCCCAUGGCAACCUCGACCUCCAAGUUUAGCUCUUGA